AUGGCCAGCGCGGCUGUCACCGAGGCCACUCUCUACGACGUGGACAUGCCACAACACCAGCUCGACCAGCGACACGCCGACGCCCCCGAGGUGGUCGAUGACCACCUCCAGGCGGAAGCGAGUACCACCGGUCAAGAAGAAGACGAGGAUCGCCAGAGCUACCCCUUGGGCCAGAGCCACACACCGCUGACGUCCAUCCCAACUCUGGGCCAGGCCCUCAUCGAUGGUAACAAUCUCGAUCGCAAGUACGUCCAUUCGUUCCUGCAGGUGCUCGCCGACCACUCUCAGUUCUCCGACAAGUAUCAACACUAUGAAGAAGACGAGUACGAGCGGAAGCGCAAGAGGAAGCUGCGCGAGAGCGAGCGCAAGAUGUUCUUCUACGCCGGCCAGAGCGCGAACGGCGGUGGGUCGGGCGACAAGAGCAAGCGCAAGGCCGCGGCGUCAGUGGACAAGGGCGGCAGCAGCGGCGGAGCGAGCGUGAGCAACAAGAAGCGACGAAGGAAGGAGCGCGAGCGCGAGAGGGAGCGCGUCUUGGACAAGGACGCCCGACGACAGCUCUCCGGGUCGGCGCCGAUGAUGAUGUCGAUGGCCGGGCAGCGCAGUCAGUCCUCGUCGCCCUUCAACUCGCCGCCGACGAUCGCCGGCACCCCUUCGGCCGAGCGCACGGGGUCGAUGCCCAACAUGCCUAACAUGCCGCAGUGGUCGGCCGCCCAGAAUGAUCGGAAUGCGUCGUUCUACUCAGCUUCUGUGCCGUCGGCCAUGCCCAGCCACGCCCAAGACAUGGCCGGGCUUCAUCAUCAGCCCCACCACCACCCGCACCAAGUCCUGUCGUCGGUCCAGGCCGCGAGCCAUCUGAUGCGCCACCGGGCCUCCAUGCCGCAGCUGCCGACGCAGCAGCACCAGUACCUCCAGCGCCCCGGUGGCUACCUCCACCUCAGCGCCGGGCACUACUCGCCGAGCUCAUCGUUCGACUACAUGCCCCAGCAGUCGCCCCUCUCGUCGUCCCUGUCGUCGUCGGCCUCGUCAUCCGUCUACUACACGUCCCCCGCGCCUUCGCCCUCGCCCGCGUCACAUAUUGUGCCGAUCAGGGCCAACGACUACGCGCCCUCGCCGCCGACCUACCACCACCCCCAGCACCGCCAGGUUGCCAUGCAACAGUCCUCGUAUGCCAGCUACUACCAGCGGCAGCCGCUCCAGCGCUACCCGCACCAGCAGGCUCUCCUGGCGACCUCGCUGCCAGCGGAGAUCAUGCUCGAUGCCUACGGCGGCCACCUCACGGCCGAGGAGCAGCCCAGCGACCCGACGCUCGACGACGAGUCCUGGACGUCGUCAUCGAUCAGCGCCUCGAGCUCGGGCGAGCUCUCGUCGGGCAGCGAGUCAUUCUCGUGCUUCGGCCCGUUCGACCCGGCCGCGAUCGGUGGGGCCACCGCCGGCGACGACGGCGAAGACCUGGCCUGCGCCGACAUGGCCUCGGCCGCCGCAGCCGCUGUCGAGAGCUUCAUGCUCGCCAACCAGCACCAGCACCAGCAGCACCUCAAGGAGGAGUCAUCUCCCGAGGGCGCCCAGCAGCAGGCCGGCGGUGGCGUGGCGGUCGACGAGGACUGGUUCAACUCGUUCUUCUCCGACACGGUGGGCAGCCCCCUGCUGGGCGGCCAGACGGGCGACGUGCCCGACGGUGCCCAGUGCUACCCGGCCCUCGACUCGAGCCACAUCGAUUCGCUCUUCGCCGAUGUGGAGGCCUACUACGGCCGGCUGGUCAACUGA